AGCUGGAAAUGGGACAAAAUUUGUGAAGUCACUGUCAGAUAUCUAUCCAAUUCAAGAUAAGAAACCUUUUUGGCACUAGGAGGAAAAGAAGACGAACAAAACCAAUAUUCAAUCAAUUAAACCAAAAAAGUUACAAUAACCUCUCGCAUUUUCAUGAAAAUCCAAUCCAACAUCAACGCCGACACUGAUUCCUUCUGGACUUGGAAGCCAAGGCCUUUCAACGAGAAGGAGCAGAACGAAAAUCGAUUCUCCAUAGCUGAAAUUUUCCAGAGCGGCCAAAAAGCAGAGAGAAAGGUGUUGCUGGGGCCUGGAGCUGGAGCUGGAAUUGGGUGCGGUGCUGGAGUAGGGUUUGGACUAGUUGGAGGGAUAGGAUAUGGUGCCUGGCCAUUCAACCAAGUAAAGCUGGUGUUUGGAGUUGGGGUGGGUUGUGGGAUCGGGAUCGGAUUCGGGUUUGGACAAGGAGUUGGGUAUGGAGUUAGCUCCGACUCUCUGGAGUCUUAUGUAUCCAAGGAGAGUUCAGAUUCCAAGGAAGGGAUUCAAGUGUAUCAGAGAUAUUGAUUUUACAAAUUCUUUGAGCUCAAUUUUAAA